AUGUUUGCAGGAUACAGCUCCAAGAAGCGCAUCAGCGAGCGGUACAAGAUCGUGGGCUUCAUCAGUAGCGGUACCUAUGGACGCGUGUACAAGGCUGAAGGCAAGAAUGGCCGCAUCGGGGAGUUUGCCAUCAAGAAGUUCAAGCCGGACAAGGAAGGCGAACUUCAGUACUCUGGCAUCUCACAGUCCGCCAUAAGGGAGAUGGCCCUCUGUACUGAGCUAGCACACGCAAAUGUCGUGCACACCUCGGAAAUCAUCCUGGAAGACAAGUGCAUAUUCAUCGUCUUCGAAUAUGCAGAACACGACCUUCUGCAAAUUAUCCAUCACCAUAACCAGCCACAACGCCAAGCCAUACCUGCGCGGACCAUCAAGUCGAUCUUGUACCAGCUCCUGCACGGUCUUGUCUACCUUCACCGCAACUGGGUCAUGCAUCGGGACCUAAAGCCCGCCAACAUCAUGGUGACCAGUUCCGGCAAGGUCAAGAUAGGUGAUCUGGGAUUGGCUCGUCUUUUCCACAAACCACUCCAGUCGCUGUUUUCUGGCGAUAAGGUCGUCGUCACCAUCUGGUAUCGAGCUCCAGAGCUGCUCCUUGGCAGCCGCCACUACACUCCAGCCGUCGAUCUCUGGGCUGUAGGGUGUAUCUUUGCCGAACUGUUGUCGCUGCGACCUAUCUUCAAGGGGGAGGAGGCGAAGAUGGACAACAAGAAGACUGUGCCCUUUCAGCGCAAUCAGAUGCAGAAAAUUGUAGAGAUUAUGGGCAUGCCAAGCAAAGAUCGCUGGCCACUACUGACAUCCAUGCCCGAGUAUCCUCAGCUUACCUCGCUACUUGCUGGUAACGCAGCACGUUAUCCUCGCCCCCAGGGCGACGGUCUGGAACGAUGGUAUCAUCAAACGCUGAACAACAACCACUACCCUGUCGGUAUUGGUCCGGACACACCGGGACAAGAAGGCCUGUCCUUGCUUAAGCAGCUGCUCGAAUAUGACCCCCUCAAGCGCCUGACAGCGGAAAAUGCGCUUGAGCACCCCUACUUCACCGUACAUGGCAAGCCAUCGGAAGGCUGCUUUGAUGAUUCUCGAAUCAAGUACCCUGUUCGGAGAGUCAGUCAAGAGGACAAUGACAUUCGUACGUCUAGUUUACCAGGGACAAAGAGAAGCGGACUACCGGAUGAUUCUCUGAUCGGCCGGCCAGCGAAACGUCUCAAGGAGGGUUGA